AAGUAAGUGUAUAUUCAGUCAAAAGUGAGUUGUGAUGGUCUGGUGGGGCGACUCUUAGACUACUAGUAGUGCAGUGUUUGUGCGAACAGUGCUUACAAUUCUGAAACGAAUAUGUGUUUUGUGUUACAGAGAGAGAGUCACAGAGAGUGCGAGUGAGUACUCGCUCUCUCGGCUCAGGCCUACUCUCCUUCUCUCUCUCGCUCUCUCUCUUGACUCAAGUGAUCGUUUGUGCGCUCAUCUCAUCCACUAUUAGGCUGAGCCGCACAGGCAUACCAUACCAUACCAUACCAUACCCAUAGCCUACACACCACACAACCAGCCAUUGAUUGCAGCAUUUGUUGUGGAAUUUACUACACCUUCAGAGCCGUAGUGACUGACAGUCUGUGCGCGAGUGAGCCGUCCGUACGGUAACGGCACCGACAGCCCAGUGAUGCCGCACGGCUCCGACGACUUGGCCUCCAGUGAUGAACUCAAGGUCUUCAAGGAUGAGGGCGAGGAGGAGAACCGGGUGGUCACCGAACACAACCUCAAUGAUCUCAAAUCUAGCCUUAUUACUGAGGGGGAACAGCGAAGGCUCCAGCGCUCCGCCACUCACUUCGGCUAUGGCUAUGGCUAUGGCUAUAGCUCCUUAAGACACAUCCCAUUUGUUUUGGGAGAGAACGUGACCAACAGUGCAGACAAAGGCAUCCCUUAUAGCGAAGGCUCCAGCGCUCCGCCACUCACUUCGGCUAUGGCUAUGGCUAUGGCUAUGGCUAUAGCUAUGGCUAUAGCUGUUGGAUGUGAUGGCUGUAUGGCUAUGACCGAUACGAAAACGACAGUCAAAGAGUCGAGUUGUGGUCGUGGCCCAGAUGUGAACAACACCACCACGUGUGUCCGUUGUCGGUCACGACCUCAAACCCAAUUGACUUGA